AGACCCGUUACCAGCCACUGCCUGGUUGAUCCGAAGAUCCACAGCCUUCGUCACUGCCAAUUACGGAGAGAAAAAUAGCGAGCAGAGGAUGUUCAAAGCCGUGCAGCUCCUUCUCCGGGAGACGAGCAGAGUUCAAGGUUUCACAGCGUCAGGUUUCGUCAAUGGCUUCUCCACGGCUCCCAACUCUCAGAGGUUAGCUGGUAAGGUGGCGCUCAUCACCGGCGCCGCGAGCGGCAUUGGCAAGGCGAAGGCCACGGAGUUCAUCAGGAACGGCGCCAAGGUCAUCAUCGCCGACGUGCAGGACGACCUGGGCCGCUCGAUCGCCGCGGAGCUCGGCCCGGACGCGGCCUACGUCCGGUGUGACGUCUCCGACGAGGUGCAGAUCGCCGCGGCCGUGGACCUCGCCGUGGAGCGGCACGGACACCUGGACGUCCUCUACAGCAACGCCGGCAUAUCCGGGUCCGUGACGCAGACCGCUGUGGGCGCCCUCGACCUCGCCGACUUCGACCGCGUGAUGGCGGUGAACGCCCGCUCGGCGGUCGCGUGCAUCAAGCACGGCGCGCGCGUCAUGGCGCCGCGCCGCCGCGGCAGCAUCCUCUGCACGGCCAGCGUGAUGGGCGUGCUCACCUUCGGCGCCCCGGCCCUCGCGUACGCCGUCUCGAAGGCCACCGUCAUCGCCGCGGUGCGCGCGGCCGCGGGCCCGCUGGCGCGCGACGGCGUGCGGGUGAACGCCAUCUCGCCGCACGCCCUCGCGACGCCGCUGACGCUGCGGUCGAUGGCCGAGAUGUGCCCCGGCAUGGGCGAGGCGGAGCUGAGGCGGGUGGUGGAGACGGACUGGAGCGAGCUGGGCGGGGCCGUGCUGGAGGCGGAGGACGUGGCGAGGGCGGCGCUGUACCUGGCGUCGGACGAGGCCAAGUUCGUCACCGGGCACAACCUGCUCGUCGACGGCGGGUUCACCGCGCACAAGGCUGUCAGCAUGCCGUCCGUGGCGCGUUGAUCGUGGAGGGAUCAGUGAGUGCCGUCGCUGAUGACGUUGUGGUGUUCCACACCUCGAUUUCCAUCUGUUAAACAGUUAUAAAAGAGCAUCACCCUAA